AACUUCUAAGUAUCACUUCUUCUACUAUUAUCGAUCUCAUUGCUAUUUCUUCGUUUUCUUCCCCCUAAGAUAUUCCGAGCUCUUUGAUUCUUGAUAACUACAGGUGAAAAAAUGGGAGUAUACACAAGAACGGUUGCGGUUUCGCUCUUUGUGUCGUUCAUACUGUUUUUCACUGUCUCUUCUCAGAGAAAUGAUGGAACAUUCAGAGUUGGCUUGAAAAAACUAAAGUUGGAUCCUAACAACCGACUUGCAACACGCUUUGGUUCCAAGCAAGAAGAGGCCUUGAGAUCCUCUUUGCCUUCGUACAACAACAAUCUUGGUAGUGAUUCUGGAGAUGCUGACAUUGUCCCGCUCAAGAAUUACUUGGAUGCUCAGUAUUAUGGUGAGAUUGCUAUCGGUACUCCACCGCAGAAGUUUACUGUCAUUUUUGAUACCGGAAGCUCUAACCUUUGGGUACCAUCAGGAAAAUGUUUUUUCUCGCUGUCUUGUUUCUUUCAUGCCAAGUUCAAGUCCUCGCGAUCAAGUACAUAUAAGAAGAGUGGAAAACGUGCCGCAAUCCAUUACGGCUCAGGAUCGAUCUCUGGUUUCUUUAGUUAUGAUGCUGUCACGGUUGGUGAUUUGGUUGUCAAAGAUCAGGAGUUUAUUGAAGCAACCAGUGAGCCUGGUUUAACAUUCCUGGUGGCUAAGUUUGAUGGUCUUCUUGGUCUUGGAUUCCAAGAGAUCGCUGUUGGAAACGCUACUCCUGUUUGGUACAAUAUGCUCAAGCAAGGCCUUAUCGAGAGGCCGGUGUUUUCAUUUUGGCUUAACCGUGAUCCAAAGAGUGAAGAAGGCGGUGAAAUCGUAUUUGGAGGUGUUGAUCCAAAGCAUUUCAUAGGAGAACAUACAUAUGUUCCUGUGACACAAAGGGGUUACUGGCAGUUCGACAUGGGUGAGGUUCUCAUUGGCGGUGAAUCUACUGGAUACUGUGGAAGUGGUUGUUCCGCGAUAACAGAUUCUGGAACAUCUUUACUUGCAGGGCCGACGGCUGUGAUUGCCAUGAUAAACAAAGCUAUUGGAGCCUCUGGAGUUAUUAGCCAGCAGUGCAAGACUGUUGUUGAUCAGUAUGGACAAACCAUUUUGGAUUUACUUUUGGCUGAGACUCAACCAAAGAAGAUCUGCUCACAAAUUGGUCUUUGCGCUUUCGAUGGCACCCACGGGGUCAGUAUGGGGAUUGAGUCGGUGGUGGACAAGGAAAACACGAGAUCAUCUAGUGGUCUUCGAGAUGCGGGUUGUCCUGCAUGUGAAAUGGCAGUUGUGUGGAUACAGAGCCAAUUGAGGCAGAACAUGACUCAAGAGCGGAUAGUGAACUACAUUAAUGAGAUAUGCGAGCGCGUGCCUAGUCCAAAUGGAGAGUCUGCAGUUGAUUGCUCACAACUCUCUAAAAUGCCUACUGUUUCAUUCACCAUUGGAGGCAAAGUCUUUGAUCUUGCUCCAGAAGAGUACGUACUGAAGAUUGGGGAAGGACCAGUGGCACAAUGCAUUAGCGGCUUUACCGCACUUGACGUCCCUCCACCUCGUGGACCUCUCUGGAUACUUGGAGAUGUGUUUAUGGGCAAAUACCACACUGUCUUUGACUUCGGAAACGAGCGGGUUGGGUUCGCAGAAGCUGUGUGAAAAAUGUAACAUCGGUUCGGUCUUUUGUUGAUGUGUUUUUGGUGUGAGAGCUUUGUUGUGUUGUGUUUAUAUGGAAAGGUUUCAAGAGUGAAGCCUCGUUUUUGUUGUUAACAAUGUUUUGCCAUAAACAUACGUUGAAGCU